AUGUCCGGUGAGAAGAAGGAGGACCUGGCUACCGUUGCCUCUCCAAACGGUGAGAUCAUCGACGACUCGCACGAUGCCGUAUUUGGCGAAAUCACCGAGGACGGCCCGAAUUAUCGCGCGGUCGGAUGGAAGGGAACCGCUGUAUUGAUGAUGAAGACCCAAAUCGGUCUUGGGGUCCUUUCGAUACCGGUCGCCUUUGAUGCUCUGGGCCUCGUGCCUGGUGUGAUCUGUCUAUGUGCCAUUGGUGGCAUUACAACGUGGUCCGACUAUAUCAUUGGCGUCUUUAAGCUUCGCCAUCGAGAAGUAUACGGCAUUGACGAUGUGGGCGAGCUGCUGAUGGGCCGACCGGGGAGAAUUCUUCUUGGAACGGCAUUCUGUCUUUGGUGGGUCUUCGUCGCCGGCUCUGGUAUGCUCGGCAUCUCGAUCGGGUUGAAUGCGGUCUCAGCCCAUGCCACCUGCACUGCUGUCUAUGUCGCUGUCGCCGCUAUUGUGGCCUUUCUGUUCGGGAGCAUCCAGACGUUGGGCCGCAUCUCGUGGCUCGCAUGGAUCGGCUUGUUUUGUAUUUUGACGUCGAUCUUGAUUGUGACUGUCGCCGUCGGCAUUCAAGAUCGUCCCUCUGCCGCCCCCGAAGAUGCUAUUUGGGUCCCAGACUACAAAAUCGUCAAUAACUCGUCAUUCACCGAUGCCAUCUCAGCCAUCUCGACGCUUGUGUUUGCCUACGCAGGAACGCCCGCCUUCUUCUCUAUUGCAUCGGAGAUGCGCGACCCCACCCACUACAACAAAGCUCUGAUACUCUGUCAGUCCGUCGUGACCUGCUUCUAUCUCGCAAUUGGCAUUGUGAUCUACUACUUUUGCGGGUCCUACGUCUCCUCCCCUGCUCUUGGCUCCGCUGGCCCGGUCGUGAAGAAGGUCAGCUAUGGCUUUGCCCUCCCGGGUCUGAUUGUCAGCACGUUACUCUUCGUCCACAUCACUGGCAAGUAUAUAUUCAUCCGCAUGCUCCACGGCUCCCGACACUUGACGGCAAAUACCGUGAAACAUUGGGUCUUCUGGCUGGGAUGUACCUUUGGCGUCACUAUCGUUGCCUAUAUUAUCGCCAGCGCGAUCCCCGUUUUUAGCGAUCUCGUCUCGCUCGUUGGUGCCCUGCUCGGCACACCGAUGUGCUUCCAGCCAAUGGGCGGCAUGUGGCUAUACGACAAUUGGAGCAAGGGCAAGAGUCAUAGGACCCUCAAGUGGAAUUUGAUGGUCUGUUGGUGUGUGUUCAUCAUCAUAGCUGGCUUCUUUUUGAUGAUUGGAGGCACAUACGGGUCGAUUGUGAGCAUUAUCAACAGCUACAAUAAGUCGGGCGGUUCGGCGGCUUGGUCAUGUGCCGACAACUCAUAG